CGCAGCGUCGGAAAGGGAAGCUGAGAUUGGAGGGGAGAAAGACAAGAAGAGAGAUGACGUCAUCCCUAUAGAGAGCGGUGGGAGGGUGAUAAUGAGGUGUGUCCAUGACGUCAGACUUGUGUUAGACAGUAAGCUGGUGUUCUGGAUGAGACUCUGGUGUUCCGGUGACUGACCGUCCGAAGUCGCCGUCCCUUCUAGGAUAUCAUGGUCAGUCCGCACCCUGAUCCGUCUCACUCAUCACCAGCCGUCUGGGCCUGUGUGACUCCGAACCUCAGCUCGUCCAAGGCAAGGCCUAGUGAGGAACACUGACCAGGGAUCAGAGAACUGCGCCACUGUGUGACUGGCCCGCGUCUCUGAGAACUGCUCUGGGUCCUGAGGUGGUCCUGUGGUUGGUCCUCCACUUCUUUCACACAACACUGCAGGAUCCGAGUGAUGAGCGCUCGGUGAAAACAGCAGCAUUAUUUCAUCACACAUCUCACUCAGCAGCAGGAUGAGCGAGGACUCGGGAUGCAGGAUGAUGAGUGGACAGUAGCUCAGGACUCGCGCCAUGGAAGGAGACGUUGCAGUCGCAGUCCACACAGAGAGCUCGAAUGGUUUUGCACAGGAAUGGAAUCAGCCUGAGGAUCUCACCAGUGGACAUUCCACACACACACUGGUGUGUAACGGCAUCAAGGAGAGCAGCAGCAUCAACGGCAGCUCGUAUCUCAAAUCCGUCCCCAUUUCAGCGUUGAAGCACAAUGGCCUUCUACAGUCACUGGCUGCAGGUGGAGAACAAACGGAAGCGGACGAGGUGGACUCGGAGCUGGAGUGUGCGAAGCAGGAAUGGGACGCCCUCGAGAGCAUCCAACCAGUUCCUGUAGAAGAUCUGGCUCCAUCGGCUCUGAUUUCUUUCAACGAGGCGCUGCAGCACUUUCAGACCACAGACCUCACCAACCUACUGAGAAACAUACAGCCUACCAUUCGCAGGACAGGAUUGGCUGUCAUCGCACACUUCCUGUUUGGGCCGCCACGCCUACACAAGGAGCUGAUGGAGGAGAGAGACCUGGUGUUCGCCAUCGCGCAGUGUUCUCUGGAUAACACACAGCCGGUGCACAUGCGUGUGCUACAGACAAUCUACCGCAAACUGACAUGUACGAAAGCAGACUGCCCUCGAUACGGGCCGCACUGGGAGAAUAUCGGCUUCCAGGGUACUGAUCCUGCUACAGAUCUGAGAGGAACUGGGUUUCUGGGUCUGAUGCACACACUUUAUCUGGUCAUGGACCCAGAGACGCUACCUCUCGCUAGAGACAUCUACAAACUCUCUCAGCAUCCAGUACAGAAUUUUCCGUUCAGUGUGAUGUCCAUCAAUCUGACACGCAUCGUCCUGCACGCGCUCAGGGAGGAGGUUCUGACCAAGGAGUGUAACCGUCGGCAGCAGGUGGUCGGGGUGCUGAACGAGUUUUACGUGGCGAUGUUUCUGCACCUGUAUGAGGUGUGGAGGAGUCAGAGGAAGACCAUCUCCGACUCGGGAUACGUCCUCAAAGAUGUGGAGCACUACGCUAAGAAGAACCCAAAGCAGCUCCUCAAGCACCUGCACUGUUACCUGCAGGAGAGACGCACCGGGUUUGACCACCGCACGUCACCUGACCCGCUGUCACACAGCAACCGUUCCCUCGACAACGGAGCGUCUCUCACACACAACCACAGAGGGAAGGAGGGGAAGAUGAACUUCACCGGAGUGUGUGAACUUCCACCUGAGAUGGAGGGAGAGGCCAGACUCAUCUGAGAGAGAGAUAGACAGAGAGAGAUACACAGAGACAGAGAGAGAGACAGACAGACAGACACAUGGGGAGAGAGAGAAAGAGACAGACAGACACAUGGAGAGAGAGACAGGAGAGAGAAAGAGACAGACAGGAGACACGGGAGAGACAGACGAGAGAGGGAGACAGACAAGAGAAAGAGAUAGAGAGAGUCAGUCAGAGAGAGAGUAAUAAAUUUAGAGAUGGACAGAGAUGAGAGAGACAGGCUGGGAGAGAGUGUGAGAGAGACACAGGAGAGUGAGAGGGUCAGAGAGUGAGACUGACAGACAGAUGGAGAGAGAGAGAGACAGAUCCUACACUGAUUUUAUCCAAAAGCACCAGGAAAUGAAACCGAACUCCGACAGAAAGUGAGUGAACGACUGAACUGCUUCAGCACACUGAAGGGAGUGUACAAUUUGCACCCCACACACACACACACACACACACACACACACACACACACAUGCCCCGCCCCCUGACCCUGCUGUGUCAGUAAGUGGAUGAAUCCGGUGCAGGACGUGUGAUCUGAGACGCAGCCUGAGGUUGUGACUCCUCUUUACUCCCGGCGACUGACAGAAACGUGACGUAACGGACAACAAUCUAAUUACAGUUUUAUAUCCAGACGAGGAACACACAGCACAGGCCACGCCCUCUUGAGAACACUCUAGAAUAUAUGCCUGCUAGUGUGAACACAAAUUCUAGAUUUAAAAAAUAAAUAAAUCCAUCGAUGCACAGAGCUCAGACAGGAAGUGCUGAAGUCUGACUGAUAUUAACUCACUGCGUUUGUUCUGCGGCUGAAAUUUCAGGGUCGUUUCUGUAACUCUGCCCUCGCGUGUUGUUAGCAUGGCAGGCAGCACUAGCAAUGUAGCAUCUGAUGAUAUUUACAUUUUUUUUUUGUGAAUGUUUUGUUUGAAGCAGUGUUAAAGAGCUUCAUCUUGGCCGUCUCUGUUCCAGUCUCGUUCCGAUCCAUCAGGUGUUUGAUAUAUUGUGAUAUUUAAUGCACAGUACAUUAAUAUCGUGGGCUUUUAGAACAAUCACAUGGUCACGUUGAGAACACCUUCACUCGUUUAUUCGGUAUUCAGUGUUUAGUUUUUCCCCACUCAGGGUUUCCGAUGUGAUCACGAUAACAUUGAAUAUUGCAGUGUAUCGUAUAACUGAUUAUCAGCACACUAACUCACUAAUUAUAGCAUGAAGAUGGUGUGUGUGUGUGUGUGUGUGUGUGUGUGUGUGUGUGUGUGUGUGUGUUUUUAUAAGAAAGAUUAUUUCUGUUGUUGUAAGUGUAAAUGAUUGACAGAUGAGUUUAUUGGAUGUUGUGUUGUAACACUUGUGAAGCCGAUUGACAUUCAAACUUCAUAACGCACUCGUAAGCAGUGAAUAACGUUCUGUAUAAACUGCAUACGCCGUUUCUGAGCAGCACCGAAUCGCAUCAGGAUCGUUUUUAAUUCGUCAGCUGAAAAUACCGUAUUAAUAAACACUAUGGUGAAGAAAAAUUUAUUUUAUUUUUUUAAAUAAUGUAAAUUCUUAAUGUUUACUGCUUAAUAAAAUAAAAAAAAAAACAGAAAUGAGACACGAGGUCUUGUAAGAUCAGAAAAUAUUUUUUUCUAUGCUGCUGUUGAACCAUAAACACGCACGCACUAAUUUUUGUACUUUUUCCUUUUAUUUAUUUAUUUUUUUAGAUUUUCUCGUAAAGCCACGAUCACGUCAAAACCUCUGAGUGCCGUCACAUUUCAUUGCGUAAAUAAUUAUGUAUUUUAUGAUAAACACAGUACAGUAGAGCCCUGCCUAUUCGCGGUUCAGUAUUCGCGAAUUCACAUAUUCGCGGGAUUUUAUAUAGAACAUAUCUCCUAUACAUUCGCGGAAAUCUCAGCGAUUCGCGGUCAUUUGCGGCGAACAUAUCGAACAUUUACGCACUGCUACAUUCUCGGAGCCGAAUGCUCACUCGCUAUUGACUGAAGUUUGAAUGGUGGGCUGCUGCUCAUUGGCUGAUACGAAUGAGCGCAUUGUGCAGUACACUCUCGCGGUUCCUGUAGUUCAGACUUGUUCACGUGUUGUGCGUUCUUGGUAUUUUUCAAUAAUUUUUACGCUCUGCAUCUUCUAAGGCUCCUUCCAAGGAACCUAAGCGGCAGAAGAAGGUAAUGACGCUGCAGGAGAAGGUAGGACUUCUCGAUAUGCUAAAGGAAGGGAAGAGUUUUGCGGCAGUGGCUCGUCAUUACGGCAUCAACGAGAGUACCGUGCGCUACAUAAAGAGCAGUUUUAUGGGGGGGGGAUUACAAGUAUUCGCGAUUUUGGCUUAUUCGCGGCCAUGUUCGGUCCCUAACCCCCGCGAAUACUGAGGCCUUACUGUACUGACAAACCUAAAGCACAUUUCUAUCUUUUUUCUUUUCUUUCUAAACAUGUAGCACAUCUCACACGUGUUCCUGAACGCUGUACAAAAUCUUUAAAAACAAAGUCGACGUCUUUGAUGUUUUAAAUUUAAUGUUACAUUGCACUUUACAAAGCAUUGUUAAUUUUACAAACUAAAACUUUUUUUUUUCAAAUUCAUAGUAAAACAGGUGACAAUUAAGUUAUUCCAUGAAAUCGAGUCGUACAUGAGCUGAUAGUCGACGAGGCACGUAGCACCGAGUUGUCUAUAAUCCAUGUACAACGAGAUUGAGUGGAAUAACUGUUUUAUUCUCUCCAUAUUCACUGGAUUUUGAGAAACAGAACACCUUUUAUUUUUUAUUUUUUGCAAGUUCAAUAAAUAACUUUUUAUAAAAAAUGUCCAACAAAAUCAUUUCCACUUAAAAUGUAAACAAACCAGUGAAAUGACAGGAGCAAUUUGUGAAAAAUGUGAUAAUAAUUGGGGAAAAAAAAUAAGUUUUUAGCAUCAAAUAUUUUCAUUCCAUAUUUUGUUUUUCUCUACUCACGGUAUAUGAGCUGAUAUCCUAGUAGUAGAGUAGCCAAUCAGAGCACGUGAUUGCUCACAUCCAGUGAAUGUGGAGAGAAUUAAAAAAAACUAUUAAAGUAAAAACACUUAAACUACGACUACAUGAGAAACCCUCUGAACCCUGUACAGCAGUCUGGGUGUGAUGUCCGUGUGAUUAGAGGUUACAUAACGCGCUCGUGAACACUGUAUAUCCUGUUUGUGUGGUUUUGCACUACGUAUUAAUGUUCUUCAGCGCUCACAGUGUGCACGUGUUACGAAGUCGUGGCGUAGCUUCAAAUCCAAGGCUUUCAGAAGAAGCAGCUCGGUGUGACGUCGUGAUUUAGUUCGAGCGUGAUUCAGAGCUUGUGUGUGCGUUAUGAAGUCGUCAUGUAGCUCGGCUUUGGAUCGAGUGUUACUGUGUAAUCUGUUGUGCUGGAUUAUGGAGCCUCUGAUUUUAAUAUAAACAGCAAAACAUUAUUUAAUGUUUAAGACACAAUGAAAGCGCGCAAUCAGCAUUUCAUCAGUUUACCAGUUUUAUAUUCAAAACACGACAUUCCUCUUCACUUUUUUUUUUUUUUGUGAAUUCAGCUGGUGGAUUUCGUUGAUUGUACUCCAGAUUGGUCCAAAAUCAGGAUGCCUGCUGUACUUAAGAGUUUAAUGUUCUCUCUGAAGCUCCGUACUGACAGUAUUGUAAAUAUCGUGAUGUAUCGUAGAACUGAUCAUCAGCACAGCUCCAGGAUUGAAAUUCUAAAUCAUUUCCUCUUUAUUUUUCUGCUUUUACGUGAAGCCUCCAUUUCUCUCUCUCUCACACACACACGUCGUAAAUCCACCAGUCUGAAUCUUUUGCACUUGGUGUGUGAUUGAUUGAUUGAUUGUAGAAGCUCUAUUUUAUAAAGAGUCCGUUUCAGAUGAGAUGCGAUUGUACAGUGGUGUUACAGAGUAAUAAAUACAUGCAAAAUGGAAAAAGGAAAUUUCAUGUCAUA